GCAGCGGGGCCUCCGGCAGCAGCGAGGUUUGGCGGCGGCGCCGCUGGGACAGAGCCGAUCCCUGCCUGGCCAGCGGCUCCCCAGCCACGGAGCCCUCGGGGACUGAAGUACCUGGUGGGCGCCCUGGAGGGGCCUUGACAGAUAAGAGACCCAAAGCCCAGAGCAGGAGACUGGCCUGAGGACGCAGAAGUGACGGAGGCCAUGGUGAGCGAGUCCCCGGGGCCCGGCGCCCGCGUGCCCUGGCGGCGGAGCGACGAGGCGCUGCGCGUGAACGUGGGCGGCGUGAGGCGGCGGCUGAGCGCACGCGCGCUGGCCCGCUUCCCUGGCACGCGGCUGGGGCGCCUGCAGGCCGCGGCGUCCGAGGAGCAGGCGCGGCGCCUGUGCGACGACUACGACGCGGCGGCGCGCGAGUUCUACUUCGACCGGCACCCGGGCUUCUUCCUGGGCCUGCUGCACUUCUACCGCACCGGCCGCCUGCACGUGCUCGACGAGCUGUGCGUCUUCGCCUUCGGCCAGGAGGCCGACUACUGGGGCCUGGGCGAGAGCGCGCUGGCCUCCUGCUGCCGCGCGCGCUACCUGGAGCGGCGCGUGGCGCGGCCGCGCGACUGGGACGAGGACAGCGACACUCCGAGCAGCGUGGACCCGUGCCCCGACGAGAUCUCCGACGUGCAGCGCGAGCUGGCGCGCUACGGGGCCGCGCGCUGCGGCCGCCUGCGCCGCCGCCUCUGGCUCACCAUGGAGAACCCCGGCUACUCGCUGCCCAGCAAGCUCUUCAGCUGCGUCUCCAUCGGCGUGGUGCUGGCCUCCAUCGCCGCCAUGUGCAUCCACAGCCUGCCCGAGUACCAGGCCCGCGAGGCGGCGGCCGCCGUGGCCGCGGUGGCCGCGGGUCGCGGCACGGAAGGCAUGCGCGACGACCCGGUGCUGCGGCACCUGGAGUACUUCUGCAUCGCCUGGUUCAGCUUCGAGGUGUCGUCGCGCCUCCUGCUGGCGCCCAGCACGCGCAACUUCUUCUGCCACCCCCUCAACCUCAUCGACAUCGUGUCGGUGCUGCCCUUCUACCUCACGCUGCUGGCCGGCGUGGCGCUCGGCGACCGGGGCGGCGCAGGCGGCGAGGACCUCGGUGACCUGGGCAAGGUGGUGCAGGUGUUCCGCCUCAUGCGCAUCUUCCGCGUGCUCAAGCUGGCGCGCCACUCCACCGGGCUGCGCUCGCUGGGCGCCACGCUCAAGCACAGCUACCGCGAGGUGGGCAUUUUACUGCUGUAUCUGGCCGUGGGCGUGUCCGUGUUCUCCGGUGUGGCCUACACAGCCGAGAAGGAGGAGGACGUGGGCUUUGACACCAUUCCCGCCUGCUGGUGGUGGGGCACGGUGAGCAUGACCACUGUGGGCUACGGGGACGUGGUGCCCGUGACGGUGGCUGGCAAGCUGGCAGCCUCAGGCUGCAUCCUCGGGGGCAUCCUGGUGGUGGCGCUCCCCAUCACCAUCAUCUUCAAUAAGUUCUCUCACUUCUACCGGCGCCAGAAGGCUCUGGAGGCUGCUGUGCGCAACAGCGACCCCCGGGGGUUUGAGGAUUUGCUGAGCAGUGUGGAUGGGGUGUCGGAGGCGUCUCUGGAGACCUCCCAUGAGACCUCCCAGGAGGGAAGGUCUGCAGACCUGGAGGCCCAGGCCCCGAGUGCACCUGCAGACUCUCAGGUUUAUUAAAGCCAGGGCUCAGUGUCCUCCUUCCCACACCCCUACAGUCAGCUGAAGCAGCAGAGAUCCUUCCCUGCUUACAUGGUUCAUGGUGGCCUCACUGCUCAGGAUCACUCCCCCAGCCCUGAGAAAUGGGGACUGGGUCCCUUCCUCUAAAGGCCCAGGUUAGGAUGGUGUCACCCUAGGUUCUGUGAGCCUGGAGAACAACCCAGAGACUUUCGUAAACGAACCUCCAAGCUACUGUGAAGCAGGCAUGUGCUACAGAGAAAACCAAAAGGAUGCUAACGGGUCAUGAACACUCCCUGCCUGUCAGCCCUAUCACACUCAGCCCUGUGUUGGAGGAUGAGAAUUGGCCCCGUUUCGCAGAUGAGGAAACUGAGGCUCAGAGAGGUGCAAUGACUCACCCAAAUGUCUCCCAAUUAGAAGUCGUGGAGCCAAGUUGGGAAUCCAGACUCUUUGGUCGACCAAGCCAGUGUUCCUUCCAUGCUGUCCUUCUUCUGCCCUCCUAAAGUUUGCAUGUGGUUUUAGGGGGUUCAUGAAUCCUGAGAAGAUCCUCUAUCAGGGCUAGGGAAAGGCCCAGACAGAGGAUUCAGAUGUAGGAGCACUGGACCUCAGCUGUGGUCCUUUUCCAUGAGAUUCUUUUUUUUUUUUUUAAUGUUUAUUUAUUUUCAAGACAAUGUGAGACACAGAAUACAAGCAGGGGAGGGGCAGACAGAAGGAGACACAGAAUCUGAAGCGGGCUCCAGGCUCUGAGCUGUCAGCCCAGAGCCCGACGCGGGGCUUGAACUCACGAACCGCAAGCUCAUGACCUGAGCUGAAGUUGGACGCUCAACCGACUGAGCCACUCAGGCACCCCCUUUCCCAUGAGAUUCUAACGGCAGUCGGCUCUAGGUGAGGUUUGGGAGGAAGGAAGAAGACCUGCCUUCCUAGCUACUGUGUGAGCUUUGCUGAGUAAUAGUCUUACAGCUUCCCGCCAGGGCUGGCUUGAGAUACAGACCCUGGAGGGGCCCCUGCCUGUGGCCUGAGGUCUAGACCCAGCUCUGCUAGGACACAGUGUGGGAGGUGGACGCCCCAUCUCCAGGUCCCAGCCCACCUGUCACAAGGUCACAGUCUGUGCCCCGGAGGGAGAUGAAAGCCAAAUUCAGCAGGGAGUCACCGAUUUAAAGCCAGCUCAGCUCUGAGAGGUUGGUGGCAAGAAGCUGCUAUACAUGGACACCUGUGACCCCCCCCUGCUGUCCCCAGUCUGACUGUGGCAGUUCCCUUCUUUGCACCGCAUAGGCCUCCAACCCUUCCUUGAGUUACCGUCCAGGCAGACGCUUGAGACCUCUGCUCCUUUGACCAGCUCCAGCCCUUCAUCCUUGCCAAGGACUUACCCUUCUACUCACCUGCUGAAUCCUUCCUACUUACUGAGACGUUGGGAGGGAAGGACUCCUGUAGCCCCAUUUACAUACUGUUUCUAGAACACUCAUCACUGUACUGUCCUUGGCUGGCCAUGGCUCUGUGCGCCGCCACCCCCCACAUGCUGCACUUCAACACAGAAGACGUGUGGUGGAACCCAGGCUUGGUGGGGAGUAGGUGCUUAGUGAGUACCUAAUGAAUACCUACUGAUGGAUCAGCCAGUUCGAACAGCACACUGUGUGUCAGGCGCCGGGAAGGAAGAGGCAAUGACCAGAGAGGCCUUGCCCUUGAAAGGGUAUGGACAGGACCGAACAGCAUGUCCUUUGGUCCUGCCCCUGGUUCCUCCUUACUUUAUGAGGCUUUUACGGCCAUUUCUCUGUAGAUUCUUCAUUCACACAUUCAACAAAUAUCAUUGGAAGACUCACAAGCCUGGGCUUCAUGUGUGGCCUGCAGAGGCGUUUUAUUUAGCUGAACAGUACUUUUAGUAUAUUUUUUUCAUUCAAAUGCCUUUGAGUGAGGCAUGUACUUUCCAGUUCCCCAUAGCAUCUCCCCCGAAACACACACACACACACACACACACACACACACACACACUACUGUGGUAGUCCCGCUGCUUCUCAGAUUUACUUGCCACACCUGUCCUCUGAUUCAUUGACUGCUAGAUUCAAGAGAUAUAAUGGGGAACCAAAUAUAUAUAUAUAUUCAAGAAGCUUACAGACUAGUGAGGGAGAUGGAUUUUAAUCCAGUAAUCACAGAGAUGUGUAACAGUGAGCUGUAUACUGAGUCCAGGAACUCCAGGCACACAUGUAGCAGGGACCAUUAACGGGGGUCAGAGAAGACUUUCUUGAGGGUGACCAUAUAGAUGAAUCGUUAAUUAGGCAGCGGGGGUUCCGGGAAGCAUUUCCAAGCACAGGGCACAGCCACGGGCAGGCCUUGGGUAUGACGUGGUAGGCCCCCGCGUAUGGUUGGAACCCGAGUCUCCAGCCUGAGCAGAGACUAGAGCGGCGCCCGACCCCCCGCGUCCAUACCAGCCCUCCUGCAGGCUCACCCCCGUAUGCACCGCCCUUCCUGAACCGCUUAACGUGUCAAAGAGCCAGGUAGCUUCCAGACUUUCUCAUCCCACAGACAAGUCCCUAAAGCCGGUAUGGAAAAAGCUCCGGGGUGAACUGACCAGCCUGCGUCCCUCCCCAGGUGUGUGUCAUCCUGGCAGAAAAGCAACAACUCACGGUCACUCCCACUCCUGUGUGUCUUUGAAAACUAUUAUGCAAAUAAAGAGGUGGGGCGCAGGGACCUGUUUCUGCCUGUACUGGAGCUGGCUGCCCGGGCGUGUGUGCUGAGUGAAUGGGGAGGGUGGGGAGGCACGUGGAGUGACUCCUUCCACGUCCUCUGGUUCCAGUCUCGAGUUUGGCACAGGACGCAAGUGACAGGAAUCCGGUGGGAACUAACUUGGUCAAAAAGAGUAACUCAUUAUGAAUAAGUGAUGAGCAACCAUCACAAUUAUAGUCCUUUGGUUACAAGCAACAGAAACAGACUCUCGUAAGGAAAAAAAAAAUUAUUGGAAGGUGUAUUCCUUUCCUGUUGAUGGCGUAAAACAAUAGAAAUUUGUUCUCUGACAGUCUGGAGGCCAGAAAUCUAAAAUCAAGGUGUCAGCAGGGCCGCGCUCUGAGGCUCCAGGGGCGAAUCUUCUUACCUCUUCCAGCUUCAAGUGGCUGCCAGUGUUCUAGGCUUGUGGCUGCAUCCCUCCAUUCUCUGCCUCUGCCCUGAUGUCACCUUUCCCUCCUGCGUGUGUGGGAGUCUCCCAGUGCUCCUCUCAUAAGGACUUGUGUGAUGGCAUGUAGGCCUCCCCACCCGAGCUAAUCUAAGAUGAUUUCAAGACCCUUAGCCUAAUCACAUCUGCAGGAAGACCCUUUUCCCGAAUAAGGUAACAUUUACAGGUUCCAGAGAAUAGGACUUGGACGUAUCUUCAGGUCAGGACCACCAUUCUGCGCACUACAGAAGGGUACCAGUGAUGCUCACCCGUCAAAGGAAAAGCUGGCUGGCCAGGCCUCAGGACACACAGGAAUGAGGGGAUCUCUGGGGACCUCAGUGGUGGGACCCAUGAGCCGUCUGCCUACGGCACCGCCAGCUAAAUGCUCAGCCUUCAGUGGCCUUCCUCCCCUGUGUCAUUCCACGCCCGGUUCCAAUCCCAGCCUGCCUUGAGUCCCACGCCUCUCCCUUGGUGGAAGGGGGCAGGGCACCUGGGCCACGAGGGAUGGAAGAAAGGUAGUUACCCAAAAGAAAAGGCCAUAUGACGUCACCAAAAUAAAGGGGAGGGAUGUUAAGCAAAAAGAGCAGGUUGUCCACAACCCUUGGCUGCCCAGCACAUUAUAUGUUCACAUCUUCUCUCCAUAAGCACAGUCUAAAAAAGUGUUUGUAACAUAAGGAAACUAUCUUGUAUAUAAAGGAAAACACACUUGGUGUGUUUGGGCCCUAUUAAUGUGAGUUAAUCAGUGUAGUGGAUCAGUUUGAUGUCUUGUGGAAUAGGACAAAGUCAGAGAUCUAAUCAAAUCUUUCCAGUGUAGAACUGGUGAACCAAAGUGUCCCUGAGUCAAACAGUAGAGGAAAACUGUUCUCUUCUCCAACUAUUAGCAAAAGGCUUCCAGUGGUUUGUGUUUCUUGGAAUAGAAAAUGAAACCAAUAGAUGCAUAUUAGCUCCAGAGAUUGUAAGGAAUACAUAUCUAACACAGCAGUUAAAAUUGGAGUUGUCACUUCAUUAAAAUCAUCCACGGCCAUUUUCCAACAUCCAUCUAAUUUUACACCAGCCAAACAGGGGAAACUAAUGGUGUUUUGAUGGGAGUCAUCACCCUGCUGGGUCUUUAUUGGAGGUACUAAUCUCUGCAGCCUCCCCCAAGAUGCGGUACCACUCUGAGUUUUCCAUUUCAAAAUAGUCGUUCAAUUGGAUUCUGUUGGCCUUUUAUAUUAUAAUGGCCUCCCUGGGUCAGGGAGCCAACGUGGGGAUCUUUUCCAGCUGUCACUCAGAAACUGGAGAUCUAGCCCUCCAGUGACAUGGACAAGGGCCAAAAUCUGACUUUUCACAUGAUGGGUGGACCUACAGUGGUACUCUCAGACCCAGGAAAUUGGCAUUGAUUCAAAGUCUUCGUCCAAUGCCUCCUGAAAGGUUUGAGUAUUUCCCUUCUCCCAGUUCCCCCGGUGAAUGACCACAGGCGUUUUUGGAGAAAGCAAGACAAAUGUUGCCAUUACACUCGUGUGGUAGUAUAGCGGACAUGCUUCCCAAGGGCAAGUAUAGCAUAUCCUUCAUUCAAGGGGCUUUAGAUCAAUAAAUGAACUCAAGCCUAGGUGUUAGGUGAUGGUUGCAGUGACGUAAGUUAGGACUUUUUUUUUUGCCAGGACUAGGUUUUGUUUUGCUUUGCUUUGUUUUGCUUUGUUUCUUAUGUUUUAUUCAUUACUCAAAUCAAGUAAGACCGGUGGUCACCUUUACCUCUUCAGGGCCCUCUAGCAGAGAUCCUGCCUCAUUCAGAACCUGCUGAAUAUUAUGACGACCACUUCACUUCAUUUCUGAGGCACUUAAAUGCCACCCCCUGGCCUCCCACACGUCUCCAUUCUCCCUCCCGUCUGAGGUCAGUGAACCCAUUUCACUGCAGUUGCAGCCCCACCACCAAGCUCUCCCGAUGUAGACUUUCCUCAAAGCAAAGGUGAAGUGUUCUGGGUUCAGUGAAGGCCAUAGAGAUAUUAAUGGGAAGGAGGCACAAAAUAAAUCCAGUCUUCAGAAACUUUUGAAUCCUUUCCUCUACGUGAUGCCCAGGGGUUUCGGGCCUUUACGUUGCAUUUCAUGUGGGCCAGCAUUCGGUCCAAGUUGGCUUUAGCCAACCCAUCAAUGGUCAGAACGCGGCCAGCUCCUGGAGCUAGCACAGAGAAUGCCGGAUCCCUGACCCGUGCAUCCCUACCAAGGAGACCAGCCUGGUCCAACAUUACAUUUCCCCUCCCCUCAUCAAGCACCACAAAAAUCCUUUCUCACAAAUAUUGCCCAGAUUUCCACUGGUAUCAGUGAACAGAUUUUUGCAGUUCUGUAUGGGUCCAAGAUUCUUUCCUACUCAGUCUGUUUUUCACACUCCAGGCCAAAACUCAUCCCCACCAUCCCGGGAGCUUGGGAGCUUUCUCCACAAGGAAGGUGGGGACUGUUUCCACCCAGUGUUUGAGAUCACCUUGGAUUUCUCCCACAUUCUCUUGCGUGGCUGUUCUGCUGGUCAUAAGCCACACAUAAAAGUGUAGCCGGCCUGUCAAAUCAGCAACCGGCAUAAUCAGUUACCAACUUUGGUUUUUGGAGAUCUCAGCCCUAUCGCAGGUCAUGAAGUUCUUUUCACUGUGGUCAUAGAAAUGUUCUAUGACCGCCACCCCCAAAUUAUAUUUCGGCUUGCUUUGUUGACUUUCCGUUUACAUUAUUCUAUGCAGUUAGAAACAAAACAUUCUAUCCCACAGCCUGGGCAUUUCUCAUCUCAAAAUUGAACCGUGACAGAAGCUAUCCUUUCUCUGAGAGCCACAUUCUCGGUGGUCAAAUGAUACCAAGUAGUACAGGAAACAACCCUUUCCUGCUGUAUAUACCGUGGGCUGCUCUUCAGGACCAGAGCAACAGCAGCAACUUCCCACUGUUUUGCCCCAGGAAAGCCCAACUGUUUUUAAUACCCCACACUUCCUGGAGGACAUGUGAACUAUGACUCCAUUCUUCUUCCAGUUUCUCUGUCAGGAGACUUGGGCUGCAAACAAGUUAAUCCAACUCUGGGCAACUUAAGCAAAAAAUGGGUGCAUUGGAUAGAUACCAGUUGGAAUCAAAGUAAAAUUAAACAACCAGGCUUUGGG